AUGGCUAUGCCCUUGCGGGCCAUGCCUCACCGGCAAGUGGCGCAGAUGUUUCUUUCUGCGCUUCUUCUGUGCCGCUUUGCCUCUGCCGCCCCUCCCUGUACAGAGGGCCAAGGUUUCAAUGAGUCGUCGCAGACUUGUUCCGACUGUGCGCCAGGUACGUACAUGAGCUACGUGAAUGCCACAGCGAACCUGACUUUUUCCAUUGGCUGUCGACCUUGUCUCGCAGGGAGGUAUAGUGGGGCGGCAGCUUCGGUCUGCUCUGUUUGUCCUGCGGGGCGCUGGAGCUGGGCGGCCUCCUCCAGUUGCACGGCCUGCGCACCGGGCACCUUCAGUUUCGAGGGCAUGCGCGACUGCCUCCCGUGUGCGCCGGGCUAUUUCACGGCCUCAGAGGGUUUAUCAGAGUGCGCGAUCUGUGCAGCUGGCCGGUUCAGCGAGAGCUACAGAGGCUCCAGCAGAUGCACCGAGUGCGCCACGGGGCAGUGGAGCGAGCCGGCGUCGGUUCGCUGCACCGCCUGCACCAGCGGAGAGUACCUGGAUGAGAACCAGACGUGCUCUGUUUGCCCUGCCGGGACAUCAAGUAUCCAGGGGGCAACCAGCUGCACCGCUUGUGCACCCGGAACACGAAGUGAUGCUGGAGCCAUGGUUUGUGAGCCUUGUUCUCCUGGCCGCUUCGUCACCCAGCCGCACGCAGCCUGUCAAGACUGCCCUGGCGGAACAUUCAGCAGCCUCAGCUCCACAUCCUGCGAUGUUUGCCCCUAUGGGCACAGCAGUCUGCCGGUUUCUGAAAGCUGCCUCCCCUGCCCGGCUGGGCGCUUCGUCCUGGACAUCGCGGCGCCCUGCGCCGCCUGUGCAGCUGGGAGGGUGAGCUCUGGGAGGACUGACAGCUGUACGCCGUGCGCUGCGGGCGAGUACAGCGAAGAAGCCGCUGCUCGCUGCAGAACCUGUCCAGCUGGGACAUUCAGCAGCGCAUCUUCUGGUUACUGCUCGGAGUGCCCGGCAGGGACGGCCAGUGAAGAAGGUAGUGCCAGCUGCAUUCCCUGCACAGCGGGUUCGAUCAGCCAGGCAGGUGCGGCAAAGUGCGAGCCCUGCACUGCUGGGAGCUAUGCACUUUUCGCCGACGAGCCUUGUUUGACCUGCGCGGCCGGCACCAGUAGCCUGCGAGGAGCAGCUGAGUGUACGCCAUGCCAAGCUGGCUACGUGAGCUCUGCCGGUGCCGGUGAAUGCCUCCCUUGCCAGCCGGGCACUUUCACCACCGACCUGCAGCAGUGUCGCACCUGUCCAGCGGGCACUUGGAGCAGUAUUGCAGCCAGCAGCUGUGAGCCGUGCCCUCCGGGAAGUCGCUCCGAUGCUGGCUGGGGCGCUUGCCAAAUCUGCCCUCCUGGCACGAACAUCCAGCAGCCGGAUGACCAAUGUGAAACCUGUCCUGCUGGCACUUACAGCCAUGCUGGCGCUACAGUGUGCGACAUUUGCGAAGCUGGGACGUUCAGCAACACGUCCUCGAACAGCUGUACUACCUGCCCAGCGGGCAGAUACAGCAACGACACCGCGCCAGAGUGCACCGACUGCCCCAGCGGCCGCUUUAGCCCAGAGCGCGCAGCUGUUUGCACACUUUGCCCGGCUGGAACGAUCAGUGGCGAAGCCUCUGGUUCCUGUAUGCUCUGCCCAGCCGGCACGUUCAGCGGCAUUGGGGCCUCUGUCUGCAACGAUUGCCCGGCGGGCACUUUCAUCCUCAGUCCAGACCAGACCUGCGAGACCUGUGCUCGAGGUCGGUAUAGCACCACGGCAUCCACCGGAUGCAAUUCCUGCAUCCCUGGGACCUUCAUUACGGAUCCGGCCUUGAACUGCACCUCCUGCCCCGCGGGCACCUGGAGCGGCAUGGAAGCGGCAGAAUGCAUCCGAUGCCUGCCGGGCGAGUUUAGCGACGAGGGUUCUGCCUACUGUUCACUGUGUCCUGCUGGGACCUACAUCGAGCAGCCGAACGAGACGUGCAUGGACUGCCCAGAAGGCACUUGGAGCUCGAGUGCCUCGGUGUCCUGCAGCGACUGCCUUCCUGGUCGCUUCCGUGGCAAUGGCACCGGCUGCGAGAGCUGCCCUCCUGGAUCACGGAGUGAUGCCGCCGCCGACAUGUGCGAGGAGUGCACUGCGGGCAGGUAUAGCCGCAGUGCGUCUGACACCUGCGACCUGUGCCCGGCUGGUUUCGCUAGCGAGCCUGGAUCCGGCGAAUGCAUGGCAUGCAAACCUGGCAGCUUUAGCCUGGCGGAGUCGCCCUCUUGCAGCAUCUGCUCCGCCGGAACAAAGAGCGGAGCCGAGGCUGGCAUGUGCACGGCCUGCCCGCUGGGGAAGGUGAGUCCAGCGAAUGCCAGUCGUUGUCGUCUUUGCCCAGCCGGCCGCUUUGCACCCUCACCAGACGGGGACUGCAUGGAGUGCCCGUCUGGUACAUGGAGCACGUCCCGUUCGGCAGAGUGUACGGAAUGCCCAGAGGGGCGAUGGAGCCACCCCGGUUCGCGGGAUUGCGCCGCCUGUCCUCCGGGAACUUACAUUCUCGAGGGUAAUGCGACCUGUCAGCCCUGCCCACAUCGCUUCUGGAGCUUCGAGUCAUCGGCUGAUUGUGAGCCGCUGGGCUCGGGAUCCUGGAGUACGCUGCGUGUGCAGCAUCUGUACGACGAGAACCUCAGGGAUGGAACCGGCGAAGAUCGCUGGUUCGAGAUUCGCCCGCGAGAGCUGGCGAAGGAUCCCUGGGUCGUCGCGGCGAGCGCCGGAAGUGCGCAAACGACUCUGCUGUUGGGCAAGGAAAUGAGUGCAGCGAGCCGAGACGACGAGCGGCCUAGGCUGGAACGGUUCGAUGGGUCGGACCCUGCCAGUUACAAGCGAUGGAGACGCAAAGCGGAACUCAUGUUGCUGGCCUUACCUUCGACGAUGGCCAAAGAGAAAUGGGGGCCGAAGCUUUGCGAGUUUCUGCAUGGCGAGGCGGAAGAGGUCUGCGAGGGCAUUUCACUGGAGAAGCUGGUGAGCGAUACCGGAUACAGAUUGAUUCUGGAGACUCUGGAUGCCCGAUAUGCCGACCUGGAGCAAGAUGCACUGCAGAAAUAUCUGAACGAGUACUUCUUCAAGACGCAGAUCAAGGCUGGAGAAACCUAUCGAAACCUCACGAUCAGGGUGGAUACGGCCUACAGGAAUCUGCAAGAAGUCAAGGUACAGUUGCCAGAUGAGGUUCGAGGCUGGUUUCUGCUUCGGAAAUUGGCGUUGGACAAGAGCUCUGAGGCAAUGGUCCUGACAGCCACGCAAGGAAGCCUCAAGUAUGACGACAUCACCAAGGCGGUCAAGUCUAUCUUUCCGCAGGGCAAGUGCUCGAGCACAGCUAACCGAAUGAAGGAUGUGUACGCCGCGGAGGACGAGACGGACGAGCCACGAGAUGAUGAAGCUGGUGAUGGCGAGGAGAACGAGGUUUUUCAGGUCGUGGCGGACCAGUUUCAGAACAUGGAGGCCUACGAUGACGAGGAGGCGCUUGAUGUUCUGGAAACAUACCAUGACAUCAGGAAGAAGCUGCAGCAGAAGAAGAUGGGAAGAGGAUACAAGUCAACGCCUGCAGCUUGGAGUUUGACCGGUACCGUUCAGGGUCGACUUGAACAACUCAAGUCGAAGACCAGAUGCCACAUCUGCAAGCAGACAGGACACUGGAAACGCGAGUGUCCCAAGCGCCGGGAUCAGCCGUCGAGUUCCGCUGGUCGUGGCCCUGCCAACAAGGACACCAAGGAUGCAAUGAUCGCGGACCUCGAUCAAGGACCAGAGACUGGAGCGGGAUGGUUCGUACCAGUUGAGCAGAUCGAGGAGCUGGACGUGUUCUUGGUGGAGGGCAGCCAUGGCGAGGUGGACAUAGUUCUUGCUGAUCAAGGCGAAGCCGACUGUGAGCAGAUAAGUGCCGUGCUCGAGGGGGGCCUUGAAAAGUCAGGGCUACUUUCUCCGAGAGUUUUUGAUGAUGCACCGGACCGUGCGCAGCCGAGUGAUGCAUACAUGGCGGAGUGCAGCAGCGGGGGUUCUUAUGCCGACGUGACCACUCAUGCUGCAAAGAUCAAUGAGGUGCAUGCGACAGUGUGUGCAGCCGUCAUGAUGGAGGAAACAGCCGACGCCGAGAUGAUGGUGACGGAGAACGGUGUUCCAUGGCGCUCGGACAUUGCUGCCACACCACUCAUGAAGGAGCUGCUGGGGGCUCUGAAGCCGGAGCUUGCCAACGAGGUUCCGAAUGCCCUGCCGAUGAAGAUGCUCGACGGGCUCGACGAUGCCGACGAAGACGAGCCCGACGUGCCAAUCAGCGGAAGAGAGAUCUUGAGCAUUGGGAAGUACGCCAAGGCCGGGAUGAUGAAGACGUUCGCCGAGAUCUACACCGAGGACAAGGGCUACGUGCAGUGGAUUCGGAAGUUCGUGACCACAACCAAGCCGAAUCAGAAGGGCCAGGCACCCACGUCGCCAAUGAUGAAGCUGCGUCUCUACAUCGCAAUGAGAGAUCAGCUCAAGGAGAACCGCGUGAAGUUGGAUGUGGCCCUGCCAAAGACAGACGUCAUGGCGGAACCGCCAUACAUCGAUCCCAAGAAGGCCCUGCAGCUGCCAAUGGCGGAAUCAACCCGGGCAGCAACACCGAAGAUGAAGACAAAGCGAAGUCCGACCGGGAAGCAAGGAGCAGCUUUGAGCAGUGGCUCAGACGCUUGGGAGAAAGUCGAUGCGAUGCCGGAGCCGAACGAGAGCGAGCGCAAGGGGAUCAAGAUCAGGAAGGCGAGGCUGAUGGAGCAGAUGCGCUUGUUGUCAGCUCAGAUGGAGGAGCUGGAGGGGAUGCUGAUCGUGAGCAUGCCGAGUGAGUUGCGUGAAAUGCUGGGUGGCAGAUGCAAGAAAGAAGAGGUGUAUUGUAACAGUUAUGCCAAGUUCGUGAACGCUGUGAGUAUGUGUCAGGAAUGUAACGGACGGCUGUUUGCGGUUGAAGUCGGGGCGAGCCUUGCGGUGUCGAACUUGUUCGUGGCAGCUGUGAUGGAUUGGAAGCGAGGCCGGGAUCAAGUUGUGACCGCGACGUGUGUGCAUGCCGUUGAGGAUUUGAGAAAUGGGGAAGGGAUGUCGGAUCAGAAGAUUAUGGUGCUCUUAAGGAAGUGCCAUGAAAACUUAGGGCACCCGUCCCCAGCCAGACUUGGGUUGUUGUUGAAGGCAGCGCAUGCGAGUGAUCGGGUGUUGCGGUUGGCGCGUGGCUUGACUUGUGAAGCUUGUGAUUCCUUGACACGUCCCAAAAGCCACAAUGUGACCAAAAUCCGUCGAGCAACGGAGUUCAAUCAGCAAGUGUGCUUGGACACGUUUGAGCUUGAGGUAAGAGGGUCGAAGUUGAACUUCUUGAACAUUUGUGAUGAAGGAACCUCGUAUCAGCUUUGUGUGCCGUUGUGGAAAGGAAAGCAGGCAAAACAUGUGAGGAAUGCCUACCGGAAGGCUUGGAAGCGAUGGGCAGGAGCGCCCAUCCGGGCGUUCACCGACGGAGGACCGGAGUUUGAAGCGGAGUUUGAACAUGGGUUGCAGCUUGAUGGAACGUUUGGUGACAAGGCCGCGGCGUAUGCACCGUGGCAGAAUGGGCUGACGGAGCGGAAAGGCGGUGUGUGGAAGCUGGCCUUUCAGAAGGCCGUUGUUGAUGCGGUGCCGAGGUCAAAGCAGGAGGUUCAGGAGUUGGUUGACAACGUGAAUGUUGCUGUCAACACGUUGACUAGGAAGGACGGUUACUCUCCUUGCCAGCAUGUGUUUGGGCGUGAGUUGCGUGUGCCUGGCUUGAUUUCCACGGAAUAUGAUCCUGUGAUAAACUCAGGGUUGGUGCAAGGGGAGUCGGUGUUUGAGCGGCGUAUGAUGUUUCGGAAUGCGGCUCGGAAGGCGUUCCUUGAAGCGGACGGCGAUGCCAGACUCCGAAAGGCGCUUGAGCACAGGAGCAGGCCCGAGCGUGGGCCGUUUCAUGCUGGUGACUUGGUCUACUUCUGGCGUCGCCAUAGAUUUGAGAACAAACAUCAUUGGCAUGGACCUGCUGUUGUAGUCGGAAGUCAGUCGUCGCGAGUGUGGAUUGCGCAGGGGACAAAAGUCUAUAGGUGCUGUCCUGAACAGUUAAGACGUUUGAGUCCCGAGCAAGAGGCCACAAUCAAGUUGCUUCCAGCGGAUGUGAUCCAAGUUCGUACCGAGGUGAGUGCCCGAGGAGCUGGGACGUAUCAUGAUAUCAGUGACCAGGAGCGGCCACCUGAUGACGAUGAGGCAAGUGAGGAGUCUCACAACGGACAGCCCGCACCACAAGUGGGGGCGAGCGACGUGGAGCUAGAUGUUGAGCCAGAGUUGCAUAGCGAGGAACUGGCGGCACCCGAAGCAGAGGGCAAUGAGAGUCCUCGAGAGGACGUUCCAAUGCGGGAGCCGAGAGUUCCAAGUGAUCAUGGUGAAGAGUCGCCUUCUAAGAGGGCAUUGCGUCGAAGUGCGGAUCUCCUGGAUGGCGUGCAGCGUUCUUCUGUGGACCGAGGUUCCCUUGGAAGCAAUGGCGUGCGUGCUGAGGAUGUUCCUGUGCCGGACUUGAGUGAUGAGGAGCUUGAAGUGACAGUUGAGAAGGAGUGCUUGAUGGUUGAACGGACCAAGGGAAGGAAGGAGGUUGCGAUGAGCAGCGUGACCAAGGAGCGACGCCCUGGGCUGGAUCGCGCAAAACAAAAAGAAUGGAGGAAACUGCUGGACAGCAAGGCAAUCCUGGUGCACACGGGUGAGAAGGCUCGAGAAAUACGAGAGAAGUAUGCCAGGACUGAUCAACGCACUGGCAGAAAGGAGAAGUUCAUGAAGUCGCGUUUUGUGGUGACUGAAGCCGGGGAGACAGCAAGUCCUGAGACACAAGGGCUAAAAGCCAGAUGGUGCAUUCGGGGCUAUCUGGAUCCUGCUCUGAUGGAGUUGGAUACGAAUGCGCCAACGCUAACGGCCGAGGGCUUUGCUGUGACCGCCCAGUUGAUUGCGAGUCAUCGUUGGUCGUUGCAGAUAGCAGAUGUUGAAGGAGCCUUCCUGCGGGGAGAUCGACUUGAAGAAGCCCGUGGAAGGUUGUUCAUUGAGAUGCCGCCCGGUGGAGUUCCAGGCUAUGAGGACUACGAUGACUGUAUCAUUGAGGCAGUGAAGACGGUCUACGGCUUGGCAGAUGCUCCCAAGGCAUGGUGGAAGUCCUUCAGCCGGUCUUUAAUCAACCUCGGUAUGCGUCCCUCGAAGUUUGAUCCGUGCGUGUUCUGGUACUUUCACAAAGGGAAGCUUGCUGGGACGAUAGCUCUUCAUGUCGAUGACAUGGUGUUAGGAGGCAAUGCGGAGUUUCAGGAACACGUUGUGAACAAGCUUAAGCAGCAGUAUCCCUUCAAGCACUGGAAAGUAGGCGCCGGUGAGUUUCUGGGAAAGAUGCUUAGGCAGGAACCUUCAGGUGAAAUCACGAUUUGCCAGUUGGAGUAUGCCUCCCAACUGCAAGGGAUUAGCAUCAGUGCUGAGAGACGGAGACAGAAGGGUGAAGAGCUGAGUGAGGGAGAGCGACAACAGAUGCGCGCUGUCCUUGGAGCUGUGAACUGGCUUGUAGGAGGAAGCAGGCCCGAUCUCGCUGCAUGGUGCUCGCUGCUCCAGCAGAAGGUGUCGAAGGGCACUGUGGAGCAACUGAUUGAGACGAACAAGCUGGUGACGUUAGCACGGGAAAAUGCUGCGAUGAUGAUUCGGAUAUUGCCGAUACCGACAAGUGAUAUUCGCUUCGUGGUGAUGUCGGAUGCCUCGUGGGCGAAUGCCGAAAACCGCUGCAGUCAGGCAGGAUACUUGGUGGCGGCAGUAGACGACAUGCUGCACAAAGGCCACUGGGGACGAUUCUCACUCAUGCGCUGGCGAAGCUACAAACAAGAUCGUCAAGCUCACUCAACUUUGGGAGCCGAGCUACUGGCGCUCUCACGAGCAAUAGCGGAAGCGAGGUGGAUCAGAUCGUUGUGGUGUGAAGCUAUGUACGAGGGCUAUCAGCUGAGUGAGGAUCAGAAAUGGUCCAACAGUAUUCCUCUCACAGCGGUGGUGGACUGCAAGCCGGUGUAUGAUCAUGCCCAAGCUUGUACCGUGAGCUUGAAGGACAAGAGAAUGGCUAUUGAGAUGCUGCUUGUGAAGAAUGACAUCAAGGUUCACAACAUAUCCUUGAGAUGGGUCGUAUCCAAGUUCCGAGAGGUUGUAGGCUUUGUUGCUGACUUCAUGGUGUAG